AUGAAAAGGUUUGGUUUCUUUCUUCUGUGCCUCCUUUGUAUCUUCAAGAAGGGUCUGCAGACCAGUGGCUGGUCCAUUCAGGUCCCAUCUGAUGUUACUGGUGAAUUAGGGAAGAUGGUUAUUCUGCCCUGUACUUUCACACACCCCUAUAAAACAUUUGACCGGACCCUCACUGCCAUUUGGAGGAUCCGGGAACCUUACAAUGGUACAGUCAUUUUCAAGUGUAUUGCUCAAAGUUCCAGCGAGCUCUGCAAGACUGCUGUCAGCUACAAAAACAAAUACAAACUGCUUGGCAACCCACGGCACAAGGAUCUUACCAUCAGGAUUGACAAUCUGACUUGGAGUGACAGUGAGAGAUAUUUCUGCCGGGUGGAGUUCUCCGGAGAUGUUCAUGACAAGUAUGAAAGCAGAAACGGGAUAAAGCUCCAUUUGAUCGCUGCCCCCAGGAUCACCAAUAUCACCGUUAGCUCGAAUGGAGAUCACACCUUCAAAGCAUGCUGCACAGCCGAAGGGGAGCCAGUGCCCUCCCUGACGUGGACCGGCCCUCACUACAGCAACCUCACCUCGGUCACAAACACGAAUCACCAGGUCACCAAAGAGCUCCAGUACCUGACACACGAUGGAAAAUACACAUGUACGGCCGUCAACAGCCACGGGAGAGCGGAAGGGGCUGUGUACUUCUAUAAAUUCAAAGCGUCCAACAGCUCCCUUUUCCUGAUCCUGAUUUUUGUACCACUGGGAAUUAAAGUAUUUGUUUUGCUGGCGAUAGUGGGCUUUAUUUUCUGGAGAGAAGGUCCCUUCACUGCCCCAGCCAGCCUGGCCCGGCCCCAGCCGCAGGACUCCACCUAUGAGAACCUGGACCGCAGGCACCGCGGCAGCUCCUCUUUGCCAACAGAACGAACUUCGGUGCCACGCAGCUAA